AUGAAACCGCUGUCUCAAUCCGUUAAGACAAAGGGUGCUCCAAAGAAAGUGAAGUCUACGCCAAAUGACAACUCGACAACACGGUCUCCUUCAUAUUGUGAGAACGUCGACAAACGCUUUCCCGACUCACCUACUCCGAAAUCGCAUAAAUACAUCGACUGGAUCGUCAAUGUGGCGGGGGACGGUAAUUGCGGAUUUCGGGCUGUAUCGGCUUUGCUUGGUAAGGGAGAGGAUACCCAUGAGCUUGUCCGUCAUGAUCUUAUCGAAGAGUUGGUGAACCAUAAAGACUCGUACAUGCGGAUAUUUGCAGAUGAAAACAAAUUUGAAAUGAAACCUUUUUCCAGCUCCGCACCGCACCUCCUCCAAAUCCAAUUGAUCGUAUUAUAUGUUGGAUGGCUCGCCAAAUCUCGUCAUUUUGUACAAGUUUACUUGAAACUGGAAUGUCCCAUACCACCUACGUCACCGGAAUGGAAUCUUCAUCAUACCAAACUUACCGAGACGUGGCCGGAUAUAUUUGUUGAUAGGAUGCAUGAAUUCGAAAGAUUGAAGAAUAUCGAUAAAAUCUCGAAUGCGGAAAAGUCAAAAUUGGAACCACCAAUAGAUUUAGCCGGCAAUAGUUCUUUUCAUGUACUUAUCUAG